UGGUCGUCAGCCGCCAGGAUGUCAGCGCAGUGCUGUGCGGGCCAGUUGGCCUGCUGCUGUGGGUCCGCUGGCUGCUCCCUCUGCUGUGACUGCUGCCCCAAGAUCCGACAGUCCCGGAGCACCCGCUUCAUGUAUGCGUUGUACUUCAUUCUGGUCGUCCUUCUCUGCUGCAUCAUGAUGUCAAAAACCGUAGCUAAUGAAAUGAAGGAGCAUAUUCCUUUUUACGAAGAUAUCUGUAAAGGCAUUAAAGCUGGUGACACCUGUGAGAAACUAGUGGGGUAUUCUGCCGUGUAUAGAGUCUGUUUUGGAAUGGCCUGUUUCUUCUUCAUCUUCUGCCUUCUGACCUUGAAAAUCAACAGCAGCAAAGGUUGUAGAGCGCAUAUUCACAACGGCUUUUGGUUCUUUAAACUUCUGCUGUUGGGGGCCAUGUGCUCAGGAGCUUUCUUCAUUCCAGAUCAGGAGACCUUUCUGAAUGCCUGGCGCUAUGUGGGAGCCGUCGGGGGCUUCAUCUUUAUAGGCAUCCAGCUCAUCCUGCUCGUGGAGUUUGCACAUAAAUGGAACAAGAACUGGACUGCCGGCACAGCUACCAACAAGCUGUGGUAUGCUGCUCUGGCCCUGGUGACACUCGUCAUGUACUCCAUCGCCACCGGAGGCUUGAUUUUGAUGGCAGUGUUUUACACCCAGAAGGACGGCUGCCUGGAAAACAAAAUUCUCCUGGGGCUGAACGGAGGCCUGUGUCUGCUUAUUUCAGUGGUAGCCAUCUCGCCUUGUGUCCAAAAUCGACAGCCACAUUCCGGGCUACUGCAGUCGGGGCUCAUAAGCUGCUAUGUGACCUAUCUCACUUUCUCAGCUCUCUCCAGCAAACCUGUAGAAGUAGUUCUAGAUGAGCAUGGGAAGAACGUUACGAUCUGUGUGCCAGAGUUCGGCCAAGACCUGUACAGAGACGAAAACUUGGUUACUGGACUAGGUACCACUCUCUUGUUCGUGUGCAUCUUAUAUUCAUGCUUGACGUCCACGACAAGGUCAAGUUCUGACGCUCUUCAAGGCCGAUAUGCAGCCCCUGAACUGGAAGUGGCUCGCUGUUGUUUUUGCUUCGGCCCCGAUGGAGAGGACACUGAAGAGCAGCAGAACGUGAAGGAGGGACCACGGGUCAUUUAUGAUGAGAAGAGAGGCACCGUCUAUAGCUAUUCCUAUUUCCACUUCGUGUUCUUUUUGGCUUCCCUCUAUGUGAUGAUGACGGUCACCAGCUGGUUCAACUAUGAAAGUGCCAACAUCGAAACCUUCUUCAGCGGAAGCUGGUCCAUCUUCUGGGUCAAGAUGGCCUCCUGCUGGAUGUGUGUCCUGUUAUACCUGGGGACCCUGGUUGCUCCCCUCUGUUGCCCCUCUCGGCAGUUCUCCGUGUGA